UUUCAGGAAUUGCAAACUAUAUACUACGGGUUGCAUGGCUUAGAAGCUUUAGCGCCCUACAGAGACUCUGUUCUUAGAGCACUUUGCAAAGUUGUGAGAUACGAAAAGCACGAAGCAAAUGAUGUCUUGUACUAUACUGGUGAACUGUCAACAUGCUGGUAUAUUUUGCUGUCAGGGUCCAUUUUCAUUGAUGGGUCUAUGUUCCUGCCUCGAUCAAGUGGAUAUGGAAAAUUGGAUAAUAAACAUCAGUGCAUAUGA